ACUUCUCCUCCUUACGAGCACGUUAAUUAAGACAGCAGCUCCCAACACCUCCGUUUCCUUCUCCCCUCUUUCUCUAUCUCUCUUCCCCCCAGAGAAGAGAUCCCCCACCCACGCAGCGCCACGAGAGCAGAGCUCCGCAUCCAGAGCGCGCAAUUUAAAGCAUCUCUCUCGCUCUGGCCUCCUCCUCCCAGCCCCCGAUCCCUUCCUCGCGCGCGGCUAGGGUUAGGGUUUCGAGCCCCCCUGUUCUUCUCCUCCUGCUCCCCGCCCGCGCCAUGAGGGUCCAUCCGGCCCCGCGGAAGCGCACCAUCGCCGUGCAGCGCUGCGCCGCCGCCGCGGCGGACGGCGCGAAGAAGCUGCGCCGCCUCCCGCACAUCUUCGCCAGGGUGCUCGAGCUCCCCUUCGCCGCCGACGCCGACGUCGCCGUCGAGGAGGACGCGGCGGCGCUCCGCUUCGUCGCCGCCGCCGACGGCUUCUCCCCCGGCGGCGCCCGCGCCCACGCCGUCCAGAUCCACCCCGGCGUCACCAAGGUCGUCGUGCGGGGCCUGUCCGUCGCCGGCGCCGGCGAAGACGACGACGACGGCGCCGCGGCCUUCGAGCUCGACCGGUGGCGGUUCCGCCUCCCGCCCUGCACGCGCCCCACCUUGGCCACCGCCACCUACGCCGAGGGCGAGCUCGUUGUCACCGUGCCCAAGGGAGCCGCCCCUGACGAGAGCGACGGCGACGGAGCCCACAUCCUUGGAAGCGCCGGCGCUGACAACGUCCUCCUGUUUGUAUAGUAAAUUGAAUUUUAUGCCGUAACACCCCUUUUGCUCACCCGCCUCUUUUUUAAUGUUUAUGUCGUGAGUAAUAUAUAUGUGAUAAUAACAGGGCAGUAAGAGUAACAAAUAAUUGGUAUGGGUCACUGUUUUCUGUGAAUUGUCUUCUAAUCUGCUUAUGAAAUUCUUGGUGAUCUCGUCUGAGUUCGCAGCAAAAACUGUUUUUAGUUUUGAUGCCACAAUGUUAUAUAUAGCUGAGAAGAUUAGUGGAGA